CCUUGGUCAAUAGUUGAUUGUGUUUUUUAUCAAAAUAUUACUUAAAUUUGCGUUAAAAUUUAUAAUAAGUGUGUGUAAUAGUGCUAUUUCUGUAUAAAUCCGUGUCAUAUACCAAAGGUUCCACGAGCUUACGCCGGAUUAUCAUAUAAAUCGAGAAAUGGCUACUAUGACUGAUCCCUACGGAACCACUGGGACUCUCUCCCUAAAGUGGGACCCCAAAAACCUGGAGAUCCGGACCAUGUCGGUGGAGCGAACCCUGGAGCCACUAGUGCUGCAAGUGACAACUCUUGUUAAUAGCAAGGAUAAGGCUGCUAAAAAGAAAAGACCUGGUAAGUCCAAGAGAGCAAGUGCACUUGUUGCUACAGUGGAGCGUGCUACGGAAAUCUUCAUAGAGCGUGGCCAGACCAUCGCAUAUGAGAAUCCGGAGAUAACUCAGGAGAUGCUCGCCGCUGUGGAGGAAGUGAGGAAGGCUGGUGCGGCGAUGAGCGUCGCGGCGCGCGAGUUCUCGGACGAGCCGUGCGCGUCGUCGGUGCGGUCGGGCAUGGUGCGGGCGGCGCGCGCGCUGCUCUCCGCCGUCACGCGCCUGCUCAUCCUGGCCGACAUGGUCGACGUGCACCUGCUGCUGAGCGACCUGCGCACCGUCGAAAAAGACCUCGACAAGUUGAAAGCGGCAUCCUCUCAAUCUGAGCUGGUGGAGUCCGCUCGUCAGUUCGGCCGGUCCGCGCAGGAGUUGGCCGCGCAGGCUGCUAAGCGGCAGAAGGAGUUAAAGGAGCCCCGCAUGAAGGAUGAACUGGCCGCUGCGAGAGCCGUGCUGAAGAAGCACUCUACUAUGCUGCUCACUGCUUCCAAGGUGUACGUGCGUCACCCGGAGCUGGCGGCGGCGAAGGCGAACCGCGACUUCGUCCUGCGCGCCGUGUGCUCCGCCGUCGACACCAUCUCCGCCGUCGCGCAGGGCCGCCCGCUGCCCGCCGUCCCCGGUAACAACCGCGUCCCGAUCGAAGGCCCCGGCGAGUUAGCCCAAGCUCUCGACGAUUUUGAUGAGCGCAUGGUAAUGGAGCCGCUGGCGUACUCGGAGCUGCGCACGCGGCCCUCGCUGGAAGAGCGUCUGGAGUCCAUCAUCUCCGGCGCCGCGCUCAUGGCCGAUAGCUCCUGCACCAGGGACGAGCGUCGCGAGCGCAUCGUGGCGGAAUGUAACGCGGUGCGUCAGGCGCUGCAGGAUCUCCUGCACGAGUACAUGAGCAAUGCCGGUCGCGCCGAGCAGUCGGAGGGUCUGGAGCGCGCUCUGGAGCAGAUGUGCCGCAAGACGCGCGACCUGCGCCGACAGCUGCGGAAGGCGGUCGUCGAUCAUGUCUCCGACAGUUUCCUGGAGACGAACGUGCCUCUGCUGGUGCUGAUGGAGGCGGCGCGGAACGGCAACGAGAAGGAGGUGGAGGAGUACGCCCUCGUCUUCACCGAGCACGCCAACAAACUCGUCGAGGUGGCGAAUUUGGUGUGUUCGAUGUCCAACAACGAGGAUGGAGUGAAGAUGGUCCGCCACGCCGCCUCGCAGAUCGAGGCUCUUUGCCCCCAGGUUAUAAACGCAGCCCGCGUGCUUGCGGCACGUGUACGCUCGCGCGUCGCUCAGGAGAACGCGGGUGCGUUCGCGCGCGCCUGGGAGGCCGCCGUGCGCCUGCUCACUGACGCCGUCGACGAUAUCACCACUAUUGAUGACUUCCUUGCUGUCAGCGAGAACCACAUCCUGGAGGACGUGAACAAGUGCGUGGUGGCGCUGCAGGAGGGCGACCCCGACUCGCUCGAGCGCACCGCCGGUGCCAUACGCGGACGCGCCUCGAGGGUGUGCUCAGUGGUGACUCAGGAGAUGGACAACUACGAGCCCUGCAUCUACACCAAGCGGGUUCUGGAGGCGGUCACCGUGCUGAGAGAUCAAGUGAUGUCGAAAUUCGCCGUUCGCGUGGACGCCGCUGUGUCUGCGCUCGGCGGCGGCACCGGCGCUGGCCUCGACGAGAACGACUUUAUCGACGCCUCCCGUCUGGUGUAUGACGCCGUGCGCGAGAUCAGACGCGCUGUGCUCAUGAAUAGGACCAGCGACGAUCUGGACACGGACACGGAGUUCGAGCCGGUUGAAGACAUGACCAUGGAGACGAGGAGCCGAUCGAGCGCACAUACUGGGGAGCACGGCGUCGACGAGUAUCCUGAUAUCAGCGGUAUCACUAAUGCUAGGGAAGCCAUGCGCAAGAUGACGGAGGAGGACAAGCGCAAGAUCCUGCAGCAGGUGGAGCUGUUCCGUCGGGAGAAGAUGACGUUCGACAACGAGGUGGCGAAGUGGGACGACGCCGGCAACGACAUCAUCAUGCUCGCCAAACACAUGUGCAUGAUCAUGCUCGAGAUGACCGACUUCACCAGAGGCCGCGGACCGCUCAAAACCACAAUGGAUGUGAUCAACGCUGCCAAGAAGAUCUCCGAAGCCGGCACCAAACUCGACAAGCUCACCAGGGAGAUCGCUGAACAGUGCCCCGAGUCGUCGACCAAGCAGGAUCUGCUGGCGUACCUGCAGCGUAUAGCCCUCUACUGCCACCAGAUACAGAUCACCAGCAAGGUGAAGGCCGACGUCCAGAACAUCUCCGGCGAGCUCAUUGUCAGCGGGUUGGACAGCGCCACGUCUCUCAUCCAGGCGGCUAAGAAUCUAAUGAACGCUGUCGUCCUCACCGUAAAGGCUUCCUACGUCGCCUCUACUAAAUACACUCGACAGGGCACAAUCGCUAAUAACUACUCGCCAAUAGUGGUGUGGCGCAUGAAGGCCCCGGAGAAAAAGCCGCUGAUCCGGCCGGAGCGGCCCGAGGAGGUCCGCGCGAAGGUGCGCCGCGGCAGCCAGAAGAAGCAGCCGAGCCCCGUGCACGCGCUCGCCGAGUUCCAGAACCCGGCCGACGCCGUCUAGAUAAUUAACGGACGGCACGGUGAAACGUAUUUAUUGAUAUUAGUUUUAAUUCCUAAGUAUUACGACGGCUCACUCUUAUAUUUUGUCUGCGUACACUCCCGGCAACGUGGAUAUUGUAUGAAGUUUUUUCUCAUUGAUAAAAAAACCAUAAAAUAUGUCCCAGGCAGUACUAAAAAAGAUAUUACUCAAUCUACUUGUGCCAGAUUGGGUUAAUUCAUAGUUAAAUAUCAUGCUAUCACAUAAGGUGAGUUUCCAAUCCUUGCCUCAAGCGACAGCGACCGACAAAAAUUAAAAGCUAUAGCCUAGUUCAUAAAGUGGCAUUUUAUUAGAUUUAUUUUUGUCGUCGCGUUCUCGAAUAAAUGUAAUAUCGGAAUAAUGGAAAGUCGUACCUUUACAUUUAUCAAAAAGAGAGGUCGCUAGUGGCCUAAGUAAAAGUUUCGGUAUUACUUUUCAGUAUUAUUUCUUGCAUUUAAUAUUACGUUCAGUGCGUUUUAAUAUAGGAAACAACUUCAUACGAUGUCUUGUUAAUCUUGCCAUAUAAAAUAUGUAUAUGAACAUUUAUGUCCGCCUAUAGCGAAUUGCGAAAUUCAUAUAGAAAUUAGAUGGCGCUUAACAUGCUGCAUAUUAUGUGAAAUAAUAAUUGUAUUACUCAAAACAUGUAGUUGCGACGAACUUAAAAUUUUGGGUGCAUGUUUAGUUCCAAUGUUGUUUCAAGUUCCAAGGAGUGUUUCCAAAAUUCCAAUAAAAUUGAUUACAGUAAAAAUGCUACAGUAAGCAAGUGUCGUUUUCACAUUACGGUAACGACAGAUAGGAAGAUCCUGAAAGAUAUUAACGUGGUCGUACUGUAUUUUAAUGAUUUAAUUUAAUUGCUUGAAGAUAUUUUUUGUAACGAGA